AAAUGUUUUUGAGAGAGUGAAAGUUCUAAGAUAAUGAGAUGAACCGAUGGGAGGACAUAGCAAGAGGUUUCAAGGCCAUUCCAAAGGUGUGAAACAGCCCCAUUUCUCAGUAGGGGCAUGGCCAAACCUUUCUUCAGACCACAGAAGUUUCUUCGUAGGACCCAGUGUCUGCUUUUUUUCCUCACAGUGGCUUACCUGAUGGCUGGCAGCCUUUUGCUACUGCAGCGCUCUCGCUUGGUGCUCCAACAAAGUUCUCGUGUGACUUCUGGAAACCAGCCCCUGCCUGUAUCAGAUGUCAUGCUCAGUGCUGGGAACACAGACAGCAGACCACCACAACAGACUCAUUUAAGCCUCCUGGUGAACAUGGAGCAGCUCCAAGGGCCAACACCAGACCAUAAGUACGGUCCACGGUGGUUGAUGUCUCGCAAUUCUGAACUGAGACAGUUACGAAGGAGGUGGUUUCUCAGGUUCAUAAAUGAACAAGAGCCGAUGCAGGCUACAGGAGUGAAAGUAGGGAAACCAGCGUCUGAAAGCAGAGGCACUUACAUUGGAUGCUUCAGUGACGAUUCCAGAGAGAGGACUUUGAAAGGUGCUGUGUUUUAUGACUUGAGGAAAAUGACAGUUUCUCACUGCCAGGAAGCUUGUGCUGAAAGGGCUUAUACUUAUGCUGGUUUGGAGUAUGGAGCAGAAUGCUACUGUGGAAACAAGUUACCCUUGACUGUAGCAAAACAGGAAGAGUGCAACAAUGAAUGUAAAGGAGAAAAAGGAACCAUCUGUGGCGGACUGAACAGGCUUUCGGUUUUUCGGGUGGAGGAACCACGGGCUAGACCCAAACAACCUGAUCAAUUGCAGAUAGGGAUGAAAGAAGAGAUACAAAAUAAUACUGAAGGUAUAUUUAGACGAAACUCUGCUUAUGCAAAGGAGGUACAUGUGAAGUUCUACCGGAAGGAGAUGAAGGAAGAUAUCCUCAAAGCGGCACAUGAGACAAAAGUGAAUAUCCAAGGAGAGGAAAUUAAUUUGUUGAAGGAAGUCCCAUGGAGAAUUCAGUUCUUUCUGGAGAAAUACGGAGAAGAUCUGGGACUUCAAAAGGAUGAGGAGCAAGAAGAGGAAGAGGUCAGUACUGAAUCAGAAGAAAAAGAAGAAGAGAGCACUGAACAGCAAAAAAGAUCAGCUAAAGGCGCAACUGCUAAAAAAGAAAAGAAGAAACCUAAUAAAAGUACUUACCAGAUUUUAACUAGAUUCAAGUAUAAAAACAUAGGGAAAAAACAGUAA